UGUUGUUGUGGAGGCCAAAAUGGCGGCUCAGGCGGCGGCGGUGGCCCAGGCGGCGGCAGCCCAGGCAGCGCAGGUCGAGGCGGCCGAAUCGUGGUACCUGGCGCUCCUGGGCUUCGCCGAGCACUUCCGCACCUCCAGCCCGCCCAAGAUUCGCCUGUGCGUGCACUGCCUGCAGGCUGUGUUUCCCUUCAAGCCGCCGCAGCGCAUCGAGGCCCGCACGCACCUGCAGCUCGGCUCGGUGCUCUACCACCACACCAAGAACAGCGAGCAGGCGCGCAGCCACCUGGAGAAGGCGUGGUUGAUAUCACAGCAAGUCCCACAGUUUGAGGACGUCAAGUUUGAAGCAGCGAGCCUGUUGUCUGAAUUGUACUGUCAGGAGAAUUCUGUGGACGCAGCAAAGCCCCUCCUGCGGAAAGCGAUCCAGAUCUCACAGCAGACACCGUACUGGCACUGCCGCCUGCUUUUCCAGCUCGCUGUGAGUGCUGGGGCCAGGCAACUGCACACACUGGAGAAGGACCUAGUGUCGGCCUGUGACCUGCUGGGCGUGGGGGCUGAGUACGCCCGCGUGGUGGGGUCCGAGUACACACGGGCACUGUUCCUGCUCAGCAAAGGGAUGCUGCUCCUGAUGGAGCGGAAGCUGCAGGAGGUCCACCCGCUGCUGACGCUGUGUGGGCAGAUCGUCGAGAACUGGCAGGGGAACCCCAUCCAGAAGGAGUCACUGCGGGUCUUCUUCCUGGUGCUGCAAGUGACCCACUACUUGGACGCUGGGCAGGUGAAGAGCGUGAAGCCGUGCCUAAAGCAGCUGCAGCAAUGCAUCCAGACCAUCUCCACACUGCACGAUGAUGAGAUCCUACCCAGCAACCCUGCCGACCUCUUCCACUGGCUGCCCAAGGAGCACAUGUGCGUGCUCGUCUACCUGGUGACCGUGAUGCACUCCAUGCAGGCUGGCUACCUGGAGAAGGCGCAGAAGUACACAGACAAGGCCCUCAUGCAGCUGGAGAAGCUCAAGAUGCUCGACUGCAGCCCUAUCCUGUCCUCCUUCCAAGUGAUCCUGCUGGAGCACAUCAUCAUGUGCCGGCUCGUCACAGGGCACAAGGCCACUGCUCUGCAGGAGAUCUCCCAGGUCUGCCAGCUGUGCCAGCAGUCCCCGCGGCUCUUCUCCAACCACGCAGCACAGCUGCACACGCUGCUGGGCCUGUACUGCGUCUCAGUGAAUUGUAUGGACAAUGCAGAGGCCCAGUUCACCACAGCCCUGCGGCUCACCAACCACCAGGAGCUGUGGGCCUUCAUUGUCACCAACCUGGCGAGUGUGUACAUCCGGGAAGGAAACAGGCACCAAGAGGUACUGUACAGUCUGCUGGAGAGGAUCAACCCGGACCACAGCUUCCCCGUCAGCUCCCACUGCCUCCGGGCAGCUGCCUUCUACGUACGUGGGCUAUUCUCCUUCUUCCAGGGACGCUACAAUGAGGCCAAACGGUUCCUGCGGGAAACUCUGAAGAUGUCCAACGCAGAGGACCUGAACCGGCUGACAGCCUGCUCCCUGGUGCUGCUGGGGCACAUCUUCUAUGUGCUGGGGAACCACAGGGAGAGUAACAACAUGGUAGUGCCCGCCAUGCAGCUGGCCAGCAAGAUCCCGGACAUGUCGGUGCAGCUGUGGUCAUCAGCUCUGCUCAGAGACCUGAACAAAGCCUGUGGGAACGCCAUGGAUGCUCACGAGGCCGCCCAGAUGCACCAGAACUUCUCACAGCAGCUACUCCAGGACCACAUCGAGGCCUGCAGCCUCCCUGAGCACAACCUCAUCACGUGGACGGACGGCCCACCCCCUGUGCAGUUCCAGGCCCAGAAUGGACCGAACACCAGCCUGGCCAGCCUUCUGUGAGGAUGGUCCUAGGAUGGCCCUGACGCAACCGUGCUGGCCCAGAGUUGCUCUUCCCAGGUGCAGCGUGGGCGCCAUCUUCUGUUUGGGGCCAGGCCACAUGCGCCUUGCUG